GCUGGUGGUUGAACGAGGUAGGCGGGAGUGGAUGAGGGAGGCCCUGGCAGUCCGCCCGGGGAGAGGGGGUCGGUUCUCAGGGCUUGCUUCUUGGACCUCAGUACCCUCCUCACUCUGGCCGGGAACGCUGUCGCACACUCAGUGUAGUGUCGCAGCGAAUUGGGUAAACUAAACUUUCCUAGACCCUUGUUUCCUGAUCGGCGCCUAACCUCGGAACCACUGUCAGCAUCCGGACGAUCUUGAAGAGAUGCCCCAAUCGCACUGGUAAUCUGCGAUACCCUUCCAACGACAGCAUUCGUAUGACAACAGUAACACACAAUGCGGAUACUGUUCAUCAACAUCUAUGUGGCGGUUGUGGCUUUGGUGACCAUCCGUGCACAGUCACCAGAGGCAAAUGACUCAUCUGAAAGUCAACAAUCGAAUGAAGAAACAGUAGCAGGUGGGAAGAAAAUGAUGAACCUUAUGAACAAACACCUGCAAGAUUCACUGACUUACCUGUUUACCAGUAAGCAGUAUCACAGCCAGUACUGGGAGCGCCCAGGUAUGGCAAAAUACCUGAAAGAACUGAGUGAUAAGGAAUGGGAAGAAGGACUUGAUACACUGAAGAAGUUCAUGCAACGUGGAGGAAAGAUUGGAGAUUUCAGAGAACAAGUUAAAGUAUCUGCUAGGGGUCAGCUUCGUUCCUCCAGCGAUGAAAUGAAGAAUGACCCCAUGCCGGAAAGUUUGAAAAAAAUCCAUAGAGAUUCCAAGAGGAAAUUUAGUAUAAGAAAUGGGCUCAUGGUGAAAGUUUGCACUAAAGACGCAGAGAUAUGCCACUUCCUUGAGGAAGGUCUUGCCAAAGAGGCCGAGAGGAUGUACGAGUUGAAGAGCUACCAUACCAUUGCAUUUGGCCUGAAGACUGGAGGCGUGGGCCUCAGUCUGUUUGACGCCAGUUUGUAAAUUGCCACUUGUCUUUCGGUAUUUUAGUUGGGUAUGGAUUCCUUUUUUGUGAGUUGUUCAAGUUUCACUCUCGUGACAUCUAGCGAAAGCACAGUGAUAUUUAGGCUGUGUUGGUUUAAUUUUUUUUUUUUCACUCGAUAGCGCAUUCUUCUUACUUUUACUGUCUACUUUCAUAAUGGUUGAAUAUGUUAGUUAUAUUAUUAUUCCACAACUUAUGCCUGUAGAACACAUUUUAAUUGUUUAAGAACAGUUAUCGCUUCUUUUCAUGAUGAACGUCAUGUAAUACCAGCCUUCAAUAAAAGACAGAAACGAU